AUGGCUUCGGCCGUGUCGCCCGCCAACUCUCCAGCGGUGCUCCUGCAGCCCCGCUGGAAGAGAGUGGUAGGCUGGUCGGGUCCAGUGCCCCGACCCCGUCACGGCCACCGCGCCGUGGCCAUCAAGGAGCUCAUCGUGGUGUUUGGCGGUGGCAACGAAGGGAUAGUGGAUGAACUGCACGUGUACAACACGGCAACCAACCAGUGGUUCAUCCCAGCUGUGAGAGGGGACAUCCCCCCUGGCUGUGCAGCCUAUGGCUUUGUGUGUGACGGGACUCGCCUGCUGGUGUUUGGUGGAAUGGUAGAGUAUGGGAAGUACAGCAAUGACCUCUACGAGCUCCAGGCAAGUCGGUGGGAGUGGAAGAGGCUCAAAGCAAAGACACCCAAAAACGGGCCCCCUCCGUGUCCUCGGCUUGGGCACAGCUUCUCUCUUGUGGGCAACAAAUGCUACCUGUUUGGGGGCUUGGCCAACGAUAGCGAGGACCCCAAGAACAACAUUCCGAGGUACCUGAAUGACUUAUACAUCCUGGAAUUACGGCCAGGCUCCGGAGUGGUGGCCUGGGACAUCCCCAUCACUUACGGCGUCCUGCCCCCACCGCGGGAGUCACACACUGCCGUGGUCUACACCGAGAAAGACAACAAGAAGUCCAAGCUGAUCAUCUACGGAGGGAUGAGCGGCUGCCGCCUGGGGGACCUCUGGACCCUAGAUAUUGAGACUCUGACAUGGAAUAAGCCCAGUCUCAGCGGAGUGGCCCCUCUUCCUCGAAGUCUCCACUCGGCUACAACCAUAGGCAACAAAAUGUACGUGUUUGGUGGCUGGGUGCCUCUCGUCAUGGAUGACGUCAAAGUGGCCACACACGAGAAGGAGUGGAAGUGCACCAACACCCUGGCUUGUCUCAACCUGGAUACCAUGGCCUGGGAGACCAUCCUGAUGGACACACUGGAGGACAAUAUCCCCCGAGCCCGAGCUGGCCAUUGUGCCGUGGCCAUCAACACCCGCCUGUACAUAUGGAGUGGGCGUGACGGCUACCGAAAGGCCUGGAACAACCAGGUCUGCUGCAAGGACCUUUGGUAUCUGGAAACAGAAAAGCCACCGCCUCCAGCCCGGGUACAGCUGGUACGCGCAAACACCAACUCCCUGGAGGUGAGCUGGGGGGCAGUGGCAACCGCCGACAGUUACCUUCUGCAGCUCCAGAAAUAUGACAUUCCUGCCACGGCUGCUACUGCCACCUCCCCCACACCCAAUCCAGUCCCGUCCGUGCCUGCCAACCCCCCCAAGAGUCCUGCCCCCGCAGCAGCCGCACCUGCUGUGCAGCCGCUCACCCAAGUAGGCAUCACACUCCUGCCCCAAGCUGCUGCCGCGCCCCCUACCACCACCACCAUCCAGGUGUUGCCACCGGUGCCUGGGAGCUCGAUUUCCGUGCCCGCUGCAGCCAGGACACAAGGUGUCCCUGCUGUUCUCAAAGUGACUGGUCCUCAGGCUACAACGGGAACCCCCUUAGUCACCAUGCGACCCGCCAGCCAGGCCGGGAAAGCCCCUGUCACCGUGACCUCCCUUCCUGCAGGCGUGCGAAUGGUUGUGCCAUCCCAGAGUGCUCAGGGGACGGUGAUCGGCAGCAAUCCACAGAUGAGCGGCAUGGCUGCGCUGGCUGCUGCAGCCGCCGCCACCCAGAAGAUCCCUCCUUCCUCGGCUCCCACGGUGCUGAGUGUCCCAGCAGGCACCACCAUCGUCAAGACUGUGGCUGUGACACCUGGUACUACCACCCUCCCAGCCACUGUCAAGGUGGCCUCCUCGCCGGUCAUGGUGAGCAACCCAGCCACUCGGAUGCUGAAGACUGCAGCUGCCCAGGUGGGGACAUCGGUCUCCUCCGCUGCCAACACAUCCACUCGGCCCAUCAUCACGGUGCACAAGUCCGGGACUGUGACCGUGGCCCAGCAAGCCCAGGUGGUGACUACCGUUGUGGGCGGGGUCACCAAGACCAUCACCCUGGUGAAGAGCCCCAUCUCUGUCCCAGGAGGCAGUGCUCUGAUUUCCAAUCUGGGCAAAGUGAUGUCAGUGGUCCAGACUAAACCAGUUCAGACUUCCGCAGUCACAGGCCAGGCAUCUACGGGCCCCGUGACUCAGAUCAUCCAGACCAAAGGGCCCCUGCCAGCCGGGACCAUCCUGAAGCUGGUGACCUCAGCAGAUGGCAAGCCCACCACCAUCAUCACUACCACGCAGGCCAGCGGGGCUGGGAGUAAGCCCACCAUCUUGGGCAUCAGCAGCGUAUCGCCCAGCACCACCAAGCCUGGCACGACCACUAUCAUCAAGACGAUCCCCAUGUCCGCAAUUAUCACCCAGGCGGGCGCCACAGGUGUGACAAGCAGUCCUGGCAUCAAGUCCCCCAUCACCAUUAUCACCACCAAGGUUAUGACUUCAGGAACUGGAACACCUGCGAAAAUCAUCACUGCUGUCCCCAAAAUUGCCACUGGCCAUGGGCAGCAAGGAGUGACCCAGGUGGUGCUGAAGGGGGCUCCCGGACAGCCAGGUACCAUUCUUCGCACCGUGCCCAUGGGGGGCGUCCGCCUGGUCACCCCUGUCACCGUCUCUGCCGUCAAGCCGGCCGUCACCACCCUGGUUGUGAAGGGCACCACAGGCGUCACAACCUUAGGCACUAUGACGGGCACCGUUUCUACCAGCCUCGCGGGAGCUGGAGGCCACAGUACCAGUGCCUCCCUGGCCACACCCAUCACCACCUUGGGCACCAUUGCCACCCUCUCCAGCCAAGUGAUCAAUCCCACUGCCAUCACUGUGUCUGCUGCUCAGACCACGCUGACAGGGGCUGGAAGUCUUACCACACCCACCAUCACGAUGCAGCCUGUCUCGCAGCCUACUCAGGUGACUCUGAUCACGGCACCCAGCGGGGUCGAGGCCCAGCCCGUGCACGACCUUCCGGUGUCCAUUCUGGCCUCGCCUACCACAGAGCAGCCCACGGCCACUGUCACCAUUGCCGAUUCUGGCCAGGGGGACGUGCAGCCAGGCACCGUGACGCUGGUGUGCUCCAACCCACCCUGCGAGACCCACGAGACGGGCACCACCAACACCGCCACCACCACCGUCGUGGCUAACAUGGGAGGGCACCCGCAGCCAACCCAAGUGCAGUUCGUCUGCGACAGGCCCGACACAGCCGCUUCCCUUGUGACCUCCACGGUGGCGCAGCAGAAUGGCAGUGUGGUUCGCGUCUGCUCCAACCCGCCCUGCGAGACCCAUGAGACGGGCACCACCAACACGGCCACCACUGCCACCUCCAACAUGGCUGGGCAGCUCGGCUGCUCCAACCCACCGUGCGAAACCCACGAGACGGGUACCACCAGCACCGCCACCACUGCCAUGUCGAGCAUCGGUGCCGGCCAGCAGCAAGGCACCCGGCACGCCUGCGCGGCCACCACCAUCCCUGUGAUCCGGGUCACCGUGCCCACCGGGAAACUGGAGGGCGCCGUGAGUUUCAAGUCCUUAUGCCAAACUCGCCAGACCAGCGCGACCAACACCACUAUGACUGUGAUGGCUGCUGGGGCCUCGCGCUCAGACAGCCCUGCUUUCGUGCUUGGCCCCAGCAGCAAGGACAGCCCUGUCACCGACCUAAGCCAGCUGGUGUCCAUGGGGCGCCAGCCGGAGGCACAGCACACCCACACAACCAACACCCCCACCACGGCCCGCUCCAGCAUGGGUGCUGGGGAGUCCGGCGAGCUGCGGGGGACCCCCACGCCUGCAUGCGAGAGCUCUUCUAGUGCCGCAGUGACUGUGACCGGCCUGGAGACACUGCUGUGCUCCCCGGCCCCCGUGACCCAGGUCUGCUCCAACCCACCCUGCGAGACCCACGAGACGGGCACCACCAACACGGCCACUACCUCGAAUGCAGGCAAUGCCCAGCGCGUCUGCUCCAACCCACCGUGCGAGACCCAUGAGACAGGCACCACCCAUACGCCCACCACCGCCACCUCCGGUGGGGGUGCAGGCCAGCCCGAGGGGGCGCAGCAGCAGCAGCCCCCCGCCAGCCGCCCCUGCGAGACGCACCAGACCACUUCCACCGGCACCACCAUGUCAGUCAGCGUGGGUGCCGCAGCCCCGGACAGCAACCCGCCCCUCAGGACCCAGGAGUCCGGGUUGGAGGGGGCAGCACCGCCCACCAGCGCUCCCCAGACCAGCGCUUCGCUGCUGACCCCUUUCCCAACACAGAGGGUGUGCUCCAACCCCCCCUGUGAGACUCACGAGACAGGCACCACGCACACGGCCACCACUGUCACCUCCAACAUGAGCUCCAACCAAGAUCCGCCACCAGCUGCCAGUGACCAAGGAGAGGCGGAGAGCACCCAGGGCGACAGUGUGAACAUCACCAGCUCCAGUGCCAUCACGACAACUGUGUCCUCCACGCUGACGCGGGCUGUGACCACCGUGACACAGUCCACCCCAGUCCCCGGCCCCUCGGUGCCGCCCCCAGAGGAGCUCCAGGCCUCCCCCGGGCCUCGCCAGCAGCUGCCGCCACAGCAACUCCUGCAGCCUGCCUCCACCCCCAUGAUGGGGGAGUCCGCCGAGGUCCUGUCAGCCUCGCAGACCUCUGAGCUCCAGGCCGCUGUGGAUCUGAGCAGCACAGGCGACCCCGCUUCGGGCCAGGAGUCUGCCAACUCCACCAUGGUGGCCACUGUGGUGGUCCAGCCACCGGCGCCCACCCAGUCGGAAGUAGACCAGUUGUCACUUCCUCAAGAGCUGAUGGCUGAGGCCCAAGCGGGCACUACCACCCUCAUGGUCACGGGGCUCACCCCUGAGGAGCUGGCAGUGACCGCCGCUGCCGAAGCGGCUGCCCAGGCUGCGGCCACAGAGGAAGCCCAGGCCCUGGCUAUCCAGGCGGUGUUGCAGGCCGCACAGCAGGCUGUCAUGGGCACCGGGGAAGCCAUGGACACGUCCGAGGGGGCAGCAGCUGUGACCCAGGCGGAGCUGAGCCACCUGUCUGCUGAGGGCCAGGAGGGCCAGGCCACCACCAUCCCCAUCGUGCUGACGCAGCAAGAGCUGGCCGCCUUGGUGCAGCAGCAACAGCAGCUGCAGGAGGCACAGGCCCAGCAGCAGCAGCACCACCACCUGCCCACGGAGGCCCUGGCCCCUGCCGAUAGCCUCAACGACCCGACCAUUGAGGGCAACUGCCUCAGUGAGCUGGCCGGGGCCGUGCCCAGCACUGUGGCCCUGCUGCCCUCUACAGCCACUGAGAGCCUGACUCCUUCCAACACAUUUGUGGCCCCCCAACCAGUCGUGGGAUCCAGUCCCGCUAAGCUGCAGGCCGCCGCUACCCUGACUGAGGUGGCCAAUGGCAUUGAGUCCCUGGGUGUGAAGCCAGACCUGCCACCCCCGCCCAGCAAAGCCCCCGUGAAGAAAGAGAACCAGUGGUUUGAUGUGGGCGUUAUUAAGGGCACUAAUGUCAUGGUGACACACUAUUUCCUGCCACCAGAUGAUGCUGCCCCGUCUGAUGAUGACUCGGGCACUCUUCCGGACUAUAACCAACUGAAGAAGCAUGAACUGCAGCCUGGCACAGCCUACAAGUUCCGUGUCGCUGGGAUCAACGCCUGUGGCCGGGGGCCCUUCAGUGAGAUCUCGGCCUUUAAGACGUGUCUGCCUGGUUUCCCAGGAGCCCCCUGUGCCAUUAAAAUCAGCAAAAGUCCGGAUGGUGCUCACCUCACCUGGGAGCCGCCCUCUGUUACCUCCGGCAAGAUCGUUGAGUACUCGGUGUACCUGGCCAUCCAGAGCUCACAGGCCGGCGGUGAGACCAAGAGCUCCACCCCGGCCCAGCUGGCCUUCAUGCGCGUGUACUGCGGGCCCAGCCCCUCCUGCCUUGUGCAAUCAUCCAGCCUCUCCAACGCCCACAUUGACUACACCACCAAGCCUGCCAUCAUCUUCCGCAUCGCCGCCCGCAAUGAGAAGGGCUACGGCCCUGCCACCCAAGUGAGGUGGUUGCAAGAAACCAGUAAAGACAGCCCUGGCACCAAGCCUGCCAGCAAGCGGCCCAUGUCCUCCCCGGAAAUGAAAACCGCUCCAAAGAAAUCUAAGGCAGAUGGCCAGUGA